AUGGUGCGUCUGAAAGAUCGCUACCUCCUCGUAAAUAUCAUCUACAGCGAUGUUCCCGCGGGUCAAUCAAAGGGCGCCGUGCCCGACUUGCUAAUCUACAAUCAACCGACAACCGAUGAGUUGAGGCCCCAGCUUCUGCUCAAGGGCAUCCGCAGCGAGGUCGCCUCUCUCUUCGGCGAUUGCGGCUCUGGCGCAGUGGACCGCAGCCUUCAAGUAAAAUAUCUCUCGCCCGCAACGUCGACCUUCAUUCUGCGGGUAUCACGCGCCCACUAUCGCCUGGUAUGGGCCGCCCUGUCAUUCAUGAACCACGUGCCCGUGAGAAACGGGCGACCAUGCGUCUUCCGAGUGGUGCGAGUCAGCGGCACCAUCCGCAAAGUCGAGAAAGAAGCUGUGCGCCGCGCUCGGCUCCUCAUCCUCGCCGCAAAAGACGAGAUGGCUGGCAGGAGCUCGUCAGAUGCCCUCGGCGCUCUCCUACGGAGCGACGGACAAUCCCGCAGCACAGCAAUGAUAGUGGACCAAGCAGAUUCAGAGCCAGAGCCGGACGAGGGCGAGGCGUCUGAUGAUGGAUGA